AAAUCUCUGCUCAUGGCUUAUCACCAAACACAUCGAUCCGGAACAAACCUCUGUUGAUCUAUCAUGGCGCGUUCCGUCCCGACCGUCUCUCAGCAUCGACCAUCGAAGACCAUCUAAAUAAGGUCGGAGUUGUCACUCCACAGUGGCGCUAUACGAUGUACAGCCAGUCUCAUUUCCACACCACAGCCGACGAGGUCCUCUGCGUCUCUUCAGGAUCCGCGGAACUUUGCUUCGGUGGUGAGGACAACACAGGCCGAGUGGAGACGACGGUCGAGAAGGGCGAUGUGAUGAUUGUUCCAGCGGGUGUAUUGCAUCGGCUUAUGGCAGACAAGGGCGGGUUCCAGAUGGUCGGAAGUUAUCCGAAAGGUUGCGAUUGGGAUAUGUGCUAUGGAAAAAAGGGGGAGGAAGAGAAGAUCCAGAAGAUCAAGGAUUUGCCAUGGUUUUCGAAGGAUCCAAUCUAUGGCGACGACGGGCCAGUUUGUCGACUGUGAUGGCUAAGUGGCUAUCUUCAAAUCUAGGAGGAGAAACUGCCAUGAAGAUUGGGACCUCUAAGUGUUAGUUAAGAGCUCUGCUCUAUGGAACUAUGACAGUAUAUCGUCA